AUGGAAAGCUGUGGAUAUAUUCCAUGCAGCCAAGAAAUUCAAUAUACAUGCCAAACUUGCUCAAUAGUUCUAUGUAAGAAGCAUUUGAAAGCCCAUAUGACUUCAUCAAGUUUUCCUCAUUUAAUACAAUCUUUUGACCCAAUUAAAGCAAAAAGGAAAAUACUUUUGGACCAUUUUGGCGAUGAAAGAAAGAGCCUUGAAAAACUCCAAGAAGGGAUUCUUAACUCUUAUUCAAAGUGCAUUAGAAAUUUAGAAAAAAUCAUCACUCAGAGUAUAAACAAUUUCAAUACUGAAAUAGAAGAAAUUAAUACCCAGUGCAAUUUAGUUAAUGAGGCAGCUAAGAUUUCUAAAUAUGAAGCUGAUCCUGUUCUUAAAGCAUUUAAUAUGAAAAUUGAAGAAAUUAGUGACUAUUUAGAUACUCGGCCUAAGCCAUCAUCUGGCUUAAACCAUCAUAUUUUAAAGUUUUUCGAACAUCUUGAGGAAGUAACAGAUUAUAUUGAGAAAAAUUCUAAUUCAGUGAACUAUAGCUAUCUCCUUAGCCUAAUCAACGAAUUUGAAAAUAUAAUAGAUGAAAAAAGACUAUUUCUUGACGACAAUACAGUUCUUUUAAAUUUUGAAAAUCGGCAAAGCAAAAAAUUCACCAUUAACGUAAAUCUUAAUUGAAAGAUUCCUGUGAUAUUUCCCGCUAUUAUUGAUGCUUAUAACUUAUCAGAUAUAUCGUUUGGAAUUUAUUAUAAGAACCAAGAACUGAAUAAUAGACUUUAUAAAUAUAAAAGGCUCAAUAAUAUCAAUGUUAGAAAUGACUCUACAUUAAAAGUUAUACCAUACGAAUACAAAAAAUUCGGCAAAGACUUCAAAUGUUUUGAAAUACCUUUCAUUCAGCGAUACAUUAAAAUGGUGACAUGUGUCAGCCUACCCUCUUGGCGCAGCAGUCCAGAUCUUAUGGCUACGGUGAACUGAACGGAAUUCAAGUGCAGGCUUAAGAGAUGUGUAUCCGGGUAGGUUUUGGCUGCUUUCCUGUGGUUGAAAAUGGAGGCGCUCAGCAAAGUCCUUUAAAUCCGAGGGCCCAUGGGCAUUCCUCUAACUAGAAACUGGAGUUUCGGCCCACUCUGGAGUAGUCUUUUUCCUGUAUUUGCAGAAGGAAGUCACUUCGGUACCCGACAAACUCCAAGGAGCUGAUCCUUAAAAUCAAGCUACUCCAAUCGCCGUAGCAGGGCCACAAAAAUCCAUGAGCAUUUCACUCAAGACUGAAGCCUCAAGGAGGAGACAGAAGGUACAGGAAGUGCACAGCCCCUCUGGGUUGUAGUCGAAAAGCGGUAGAACCUCCUGUACAGGAGGUCAUUGAUGAUUCCUUUACCAAUAUAGCUAACCCCUGAUCUCCAAUACUUAAAAAAAAAACUUUCAUUCAACAAGGAGAGCAAUUUAAAAUUAAUAAUCUCUAUUCAAAUAUAAAUAAUGAAGACUCAAAAACAUCCAUAAGAGACCUUGAAGAUCCUUGAGGUGAAGUUAAUAGAAUAGAAGAAACGGAAAAACUUAAAAGUUCUGAAAUCGUUAUAAUUAGAUAUGAGGAUGAGCAAGGAACUGAAUGAAAUUUCGAAACAGAUAUCAAUUUAACUUUAUCAGAUUUAAACUGAUCAAUUAAAAACUUAUGUGGAGAAGAGAUGAAUGGUAAUGAUCUUAUUUAUAACAAUAGAAGAAUCCCAUUUGAUAAAAACUGUAAAAAGAAGUUGAAAAAUGUAGGAAUUAAGCAGAAUGGCACACUUCUAAUUUUAACUAACUAUAAGUUUUGUUAG